AUGAUUAAAUAAACUACAUUAGAAGAUCACCCUUCUCAAGAUCGUUCUUCUAUUUUUGACAAUUUAAAUAAAAAUAUUUUGCAGAUUGAGAAAAAUUAAGUAUCAAGUAAAAUAUAGCACUUCGGUUUAAGUUAGAUAAAUUCAAAAAUUUCAUCACAUCAUAAUGAGAGUCUUGUAUUUUCAUAAUUCUAAUAGAACGUUUAGGAUAGUUCAAACUUCAAAUCUAGAAAUAAUUCAGGUUUUAGUGAUAAUAAUGAUAACCUAUAUCAACAAAAUAGUAAAUAAUAAACAUAAGAACUUAAUACAGGCCUGCAAGCCAUAUGCUAAAAUUAUUUCAGUGAUAAUUUUUUAUUUAACUAAGAGAAUAUCCUUAAAAGAAUGCAAUUAAAGGUAAGAAUGAAGUAGAUAUUAAAGUUUUUACCAAGCAAAAUGCUAAAGUAACUCAAUAUAAAUCAUUUAAAAUGGAUAGGAGAUUCUGCGGCUUAUGUAGCUGAUGAAAAUAGGAAAAAUGAAAGAUAUCAACAAUCUGAAAAUAGCUUAAUAAAUAAUAAGAAUUCAAAUGUUUUCUCAAAAAAAGUAGAAGCAAAUUAAUUUAUAAAAUUUAUUUUUAAUGUGCUAAGAUCAAUUUUAUAAAUAGAGAGGUUGCUUUUUGAAAUAGUAGAAAUAUCUCCAAUAAAUAUGAACUUUAUUCAGCUUAUCAAGCUAAUAAAAAAUAUUUUGCUAGUUUCACAUUAUUUUGCUUGUGUUUGGGUACAAGUGGCAUAUUGGGAAAAAGCUAGUCUUUCUAGAUGGAAUUCUAUCACAAAAACAUGGAUGGAUUAAGUAGAAAUUCUGAAACAUGGAGGCUGGGGAUCUUAGUAUAUAGCUGCUUAUUAUUUUUCCACAGUGACUAUGAUUACCGUGGGUUAUGGUGAUAUCUAUGCAGUUAAUGAAACAGAAAUGGUUCUUUGCAUUUUCACUAUGAUUAUAGCUUGUGGUUUAUUUGCUUACAGUAUAAAUUAAAUAGGUGUUAUAUUUGAAUAAUUUGGCAAAGAAUAGAAAUAAAAGGAAGGAAAUAUGUAUAUUAUUAACAGGUACAUGAAUUAACAUUAAAUUUCUUCACACUUUCAGUAUUAGAUAAGAUAAUACCUAGAGUACUAUUGGUCCCAGAUAAAAGAAAAUUAUGAGAAACAAGAGAAAGAAAUAAUAGGUUAACUUUCUGAAGAUUUAAGAUUUUAGAUGAAACAGGAAGCCAAUCGGUUAGUUUUGAGAGACACAAGUAUAUUUUCAAAUAACUUUUCUCAAAGUUUAAUAUUGCGUCUUGCAUCUUUAAUUAAAGAAAGCACACUAAUUCCAGAUUAGAAAAUAAUUUAAUAGAAUAGCGAUGACGACGAUGGGUCUAUAUAUUUUAUCAAAAAAGGUUCACUAAAAGUAAUUUUUGAAUAUAAUUUAGCUCAUAGCUAACAGUAGUAUGGUUAAAACUUAAAAUAUUCUGAAAAAGAUAAGGAGUUUAUUUUACUAAAAGAAGGACAGUAUUUUGGGUAAAUAAGAUUUUUUACAGGCCAGCCAAGAAAUGCAACAGUAAUUACAACUGAUUUUACCAAGUUGUUGAGCAUAAAAAGAGAGGAUUUUUUAAAUUUAAUUAAACAAUUUCCAUAAGAUUAUGAGACUCUAGUUCAAAUCAACCAUGUUUAUUAGAUGACUGGUAUAUUACAAAAUUGUGGUAUAAAGUGCUAUUCUUGCUAAAGUUUGCAUCACAGUGUAGUAAAUUGCCCUCUAUUGUAAUAUAAAUGUGAUAAAUAUAAGUUAAUGCUAAAAAAUAAAUUUCUUGAAUCUAAACAAGCCAGAGAUCCAUGCUUUAUUAGAGAAUGCCAAUUCAAAAGCCAUGCGUUUUAUUAUCUAUAAAUGAAUUAGAUAUCAAAAUUUGAUUUUUUGGAUUCUUUAAGUUUUAAUGAUCUAAAUGAAGAUAACAGCUAAGCUGAAAUUAGAAAUAAAAUAAAUUAAAAAGAGGAAUAUAGGCAAUUAGAUAGUCUUUUUCCUACUACUAGGUAAGAUAGUUAAUAUAAUAUCAGAUAAGAACGUAGUGACUAAAAAAGAAAAACAAUAUUAAAUCAAAAUCCUGAAUUUUCGAUUAGUUUGUCACCUUUGAAACCUGGAGUUUCUUAAGUACCUAGUAAGUUAAAAUACAGUAAACAAACUAGUAUAGAGACAUAAGAAAUUUCAUCAAAUGAAGAUAUCAGAAAACGAGCAUCAGUUCAAUAAGAAUAAACUUCAACAAAAGACUUUGAAGAUAUGAAAAAAUAAAAUGAUAAUAUGAUAAAAUAUUUUUUUUAAAGAAUUGAUACUCUGAUUGAACAAAGAAUAAAAGGACCAUAAUAUCCUUUUUAUGAAAUUUAGAAGCAUUAAUAGUAGUAAUAAAAUUUAGAAGAUAAUUACCAAAAUUAAGAUCCUUAUAAUGAUGCUUCUUAAAAUAAUUAAGAUGUAAAAUAAUUUCGAAGAAUGGCAUCAAGAAAAAAUACCACUUUAAGAAAAAGAAAAAGCACGUUUAUAUUAAAUAAUAAUAAUAAUAAUAAUAAUAAUAAUAACAAUAACAAUAAUAAUAGCAAUAGUUAUACUUUUAUUCAAGAUUAGCAAAAUUUAGCAAAUAUAAAUAAAAAUUAUAGCAAUUAGUAGUCAAAUAUAAAUAGCAAUUUAAUUUAGUAAAAUUCAAACAGCUAAAUCAUACUUACAGAUUAUCCACCUUAAUUUCAAACUAUAGGAUAAAGCCAAGAUUAAAUUAGAAGUAACAGAAAUAUCUAAUUCGGUUAAAAAUAAUAGAUUUCUAGCUAUGAAAAAAAGUUUUUAGAAUUUAGUAAAUUUAUUUAGUUACAACAAUAAAAUUUUGUAAAUAAUAAUUAACAACAACUUUAAAACUAAAAUCUUAACGAAAGUGACUUAUAUUUGAUUGAAAAUAGUUUUGACUCUUACCAUAUCUUCAAAAAAUUUCUUGUACACAAUAAUAUAGAUAAAAUUAUUUUAAAGAAGAAGAGGAGAAAAUAAUUAAAAAUUAAAAAAAGUGUUUUAAAUUAAUUACAUAUAAGCUAGUAAGCUCUCCCCUAAAAAAUUAUAAAGGAAAAGUCAUGGUACAGCCAAAAAUAACCAUAAAUAGAAAAUACAUCUAUUAAUUAAUCAUAUCGUGGGAUGAUUGAUAAAUCUGAGAAAUCUGAUAUUUAAACAAAUCAAAUAGAUAUUUCAAUAUGUUUUGAUGAGCAGACCAAUGCUAUACCCAACAGUAGCAACAGAUUUAUACCAAUUAACAAAUAAAUAAUAACAUGUUAAUUUUAAGAUAAUAAAAAAAUAAAUUCUAUUUCAGAUAUCAUCUCUGCAGCUAAUUAAAAUAGAAUCAUAUAAGCUUAAUUUGAUUAUAAUUUAGCAAAUAAUCAAGAAAAUAGCAAAAUAGAUCUUUAUCAAUUUUUCAAAUCACACAAUAGCUAAUUAAAUUCAUGUACAUUAUCUUCGAAUUUAGAUGAAUGA